AUGCCGUCAAAAAUCAUAACUCCCCAAUUACCCGUCCUAAAUCAUCAGAUGGACUUGUUCGUGCAGCUAAACGGGUUAUCUCUUAGAAUACCACAUCGUUAUCUAGAAGGGAGACUAAAAUCCUUCGGCCCCGGCCAUUUCAAUUGUUCUAGUUCCGCAUCUUGUAAAAUAUCUUUUGUUGAUCUGACACAAGGAAAUGGCAAAAGAAAUGGCGCAGAAGGGAAAAAAAUAUCAAAAGACUCGACAAAUUCCUCACCGGUUACUUCUCGCAAACGCUCGUAUAGCUCAUUAUCAACGGUCUCUCUUGGCGCUUAUGAAUUCUGGGGUCAUGAGCUAUUUCUCUCGACAAGAUCUCAAUGGUUCCGGGAUUUCUUUGCUAACCACUACGACGAACAUGGAGUGGAUGACCCGCGAGGUGAAUACGUGAGUGACGAAAAUGGGCGCUGGUUAAGAGUGCUUGUAAAUGUGCAUGAGCCGAGUAGGAGUCGCAUCGAUGAGCUCUUAUAUUGGAUUUACACGGGUAAUGACGAACGCUGGCUUCGUAACGCAUUCACACCAAAAAACUAUGCGCUGAUCGCCGAGAAUGUUCGUAUCCUUGGCCUUGAUGCUGAAGCGAUGGCUGUCUGUACUAGGUACAAAGCAUUGCUGGUAUGCCCUAGAUGUCUAAUAACUAGAACAGAGGGUGGAAGCGAAACAGAUAAUGGCAGGUGUGAAAGUGGGAAUGAAGGAAAGAGUUAUGAUACGGACAAUAAACGUGGACGUAUUAUACAGAGCAUCUGUGAGAACGUAAGUGAAAGGAGUGGUGAUCACAUGAGUGAUAUCGAUGAUGAAGAGGAAAGCCACAUCAACUAA